GUCGAGUUCGCCCAGUUGUCGAGGGUCAGAAGUCUGCUUCGCUGCCUCUUGAUCAAGCGUCAAUUGUGAUUGUUUAACCAACCACACGGCAGAAACAGGUCAACGACAACUUUGAAGUCUGCAUUGCCGUCCGGCCUCUUGCGUAGCCGUCGCUGUUACAGUUACGAGCGUCCAACCCGCCAAUGAGUCGCCCUCGCAGCGCCCCGAUUUGAGUUGCGUCCGCUCGGUGUGCUAGUAAAAUAGUACUCUUCUUCUCUGCUGUACUACUACUGUCCCAUGGCAGGCCAUGUGCAAUCCAAUCCCUGCAGCUUCGCUCUGCCCUGUCGUGUCGUGUCCUCUCCCCAUGCAUGCCCAUGCCGCAUGCCUCGGAGGUGAGGGCCGAUGCGACGGCUGAUCCCUGGCAGACAAGCAAUGCAUGCAAUCAGGCUCCCCACGGGCCGAAAACCGCCUUUUCAACCUCUCGUUCGAUGGCGAGGUUGACUCGAGUUCAGGCUGUGUGUGUGAGCUCACAUGCGAGCUUGUCAACGAAUGGCUCAAUGACUUGAAUUGUCAAAUGGCUUUGAUGCUUCUUGUUUCCCUCCGCUCCGUGUUGGCUGAGAAAGGCAGACAGAGCAUGCAUAGCAUGGAAGACAGCCCAAGCCCCUCCCCGUCGUCCAUUUCCGUCUUGUUACGCGUGUGACCCGUUCUGCUCGGGAUCGGAUCGUUUUUGAUAUUUGUUUUUAUUUUUACUCACUACAGCUGUUUGCUGUAGGAUAUUUCUCUGGUGGUGGUGGGCUUUUAUUACUUUCAGGAUUCCUGCUGGACUCGGAUCAGCAUAAACAACGUUUAACCAGACCAUGACCAGACCGACGUUCCCCGAGUUGACCAAGAUCAAUCGAGGCGCCAUACAGAUUGUGGUCUUGUCAAGAGCCCGAACAGGCUAAAAUGGACAUAUCCUCUCUCGUCCGUGCUGUGAUCGGCGCGUUCGAAGACUCUUCUAAACUAGUCCAGCGCAUUCGCGAGCAGAGAGACAGAGACACUCAAAGCGAAGGUGAAGAUGGAAGGACAAAGGCAGACCAUCUUCCCGCCGAAUCCACCCGAGAACUAUUGGACUCUCUUGCCCUCGGACCGGUCAUCGUACGCGGCCAUUACGAACAUGAUCUGAAACGGUUUGGAGAACAAUACGCCUGCGGCGACAUCCAGGCCAGAGAGCAGAUGAAAGAUGUCCUGAUCAAUCUCCAAUUGACCCUCAUCAACACUUUGCGAAGUGUAUACAUGGAUGGAAUAGAUCUGGACUUUCAGGUCUUGUUGACCGCCUCCGACGACAGUCGUGUCAAUGCUGCUGUGUGUUUGGGGCAAUUGUCUCAACGACUAUCUGAUGCUGCCAAAGCACAGGCAUAUUACCCUCCGUCUAUGUCUAUGUCUUCUUCUUCCUAUUCGUCCCCUGCCAGUGCGGGACGUCUUAUGCCGCCUAUGUCUCCGUCGCUGGGGUAUUCCAGUAGUCGGAGCACACAGUCGUCGGCAUCCGCUGUCUUCAUGGGUCCGAGGACUCCGGAUCCAGAGAAGUUGGAUAAUUUCGGGUUGACUGUCGCCGACGGUUUGGGGAGGUCUUAUGGGAAGGAGAGAGGAAUGGGUGGUGAUGAGAAGUCCAGUGCAGAGAAACAGUCUAACUUGUGGGCGUCGUUGGCACUUCCUUUUGAGUCUCGUGUCACUGAAGCCCUCCCCCUCCCAGUUGGCGGCCACCACCAGGGAAAUCAGCGCACUCUGGCACUACCCGUGCUCUCAGACGACUCGGACACAGUAAGUCUACGGCGGAGGUCGUCGCAAGCAUUGGCGCCCGAUGACAAUAUUUUGCUGUUGUUUCCUCAGCCUGGCGGACGACCGCACCCAUGCAGGAAAGAAACCGAACCUGACCGAAAUGAAAAGACGGUUCACCAUCGGUACUCGUCGUCUUCUUCCACCGCCGGAAGUGGCCACACAUACCACUCCUCUUCUCCCGACAUUUCGCAUACAAACCAACCUCGAACUCGAAACUCGCGUGACCGAUACGGUCCAGAUGAUUACGGUGAACACGUACACCAACAACAGCAGCAACAUGGAUACGAUCAACAUCAACAGGUUGAGUCUCCGGUGGUUUCAGAUGCAGCCGCCUACCGAACCGAUGGGAGACAGUACAGCCACAGUACAAUAUAUGACAUGUACCAACCGCAGCAGCCGUUGACACCGGAGAAACAAGUUUCUAGGCCAUCGCAGCAACAGCAGCGACCAAUGUUCUCUUCUGCUGCUGGUGCGUCGCCGUUGCCCUAUGUGCAGCGAGCUCAUAAUGUUACUGUAACUAUCCAACAUGCCGACGCCCGGGAGGGUGAGCGUGUUCGACAGCUACAGGAAACAAGUCGACCGCCCCGGCCGCAGCAACAGCCGAGAUCUGACUCGCUAAAUGCUCUGCGCAAUCCAGAGACUCGAGUUGACGAUCAAACUGGUAGGGCUGGACUUCGUCCGGUUCGCUUGGGUCAUGUUCUUGGACGCGGAGCUCGACAACACUCUGCUCCUGUCGGAACACAUGCGGCUGCAAUUAGUUCACAUGAUGAAUUUCAAAGUCACAGUCAUCCUCUUCCACUUUCUGUACGUGCUGCGGAAAGGCAACCACGAGAACCUCCUUCUGUACCUCUACCUCAGCCACCGACACAAGCUCAACCGCCACGCCAACAGUAUAGAUUUAUGCCGCACUCGUCAACACCAAAAAUCGAGAAGCAACAGCAACAGCACCAGACACAGCAGCAGAAAAAGUCAAACAACACCACAAUGUCUGAUUCUAAAUCUCAUUCCAGACCUACCUCCACGUCGACAUCUACAACAACAUUCACUACUACGCCUCGUCCUCUACCACCAGCACAACGACCUGAUCCACCACCAUCAUCAUCCUUGUUGAGUCCGGCCACAGACAUCAACACCACUGGGAACCUGAACAAUCUUCUUGAGUCUACAUCUACAGCACCAAUUUCAACUAUAUCAAACUCAAACUCUCGAUGUCUGUCCACAACCACGCCCAUGUCUACACCCAUAUCCAUACCCACACAGAUCCAUAUCCCCCUAACUCUCCCCACAGACAAAGACCUACUAGGUUUCUGCAAAGGCGCAUUCCGUCUCCAAGCCGGCAUGGAGCGCAAAGCUUUCGGACUCGCCAAUCGACCAUCGGGUCUUUCUGGUAUGAUUACAUAUUGGAAGUGUGAAAAAUGUAACUUUGAGGGACCGGCACCAGUGCGAACCGCGAACGCAGUGAGCGGAACGGCGAGUGGUGAAACCCGAGCCGGUACAGGGACUGGUGAAACGAAGAAAUCCAAACAGAAAUCGAAACAAAAACCAAAGGUCGAACGAAUAUUCGAUCCGAAAAUCCGCGUGUCGGAAGGCGGCGGGGUGAGAUAUAAAUGGGCGUUUUUGGCUCGGUGUCAUGUUGCUGUGAAGGCUGUGGCUAUGCCGGUGCCGCAGGCAUCGACGGUCUUGACAACAACAACAGCAACAACCUCUGGUGGUGGCGGCGGUGGAAGAAGUCCAAAUGACAUCUUUGGCAGUUUCGGAUGCAUCUUUUGCUGUGCCGAGGGGAGGAGUCGUGGAUGGUUGGAGAACAACUUGAACAACCGAGAGGGUGAAGGCGUACUAGGUGGUGGUGGUGGCGGUGGAGGCGGCUCGACGACGUCUGCGACGCCGUCUUCGACGCCAAUCUUUGGCAACGUCAGCAGUUUCAUGCAUCAUCUCGAGACCGUCCAUGUCAAUCGCGGACCGGAUGGUUGGCCUUGUGCCGAGAUGGUGGGGAGGUUUAGGGUUGUUUUUGGAGAUGGAUACAACGACAGAGAUACUGAGGGCAGUAGUGGUGGUGGUGACUGGGAGGUGAAAUUUGUGCCACGGCUUGGCUCUUCUUCAAGUUUGUCACGGUCUUGAUAUAGGUACCUAAGGUAGGUAGUCUGGUGUCUGAUGAAUCGAUACCUACUUAGGUCCAAGGAGCUUUUGAUCAAUGUACAGGACAGGACAGUACAGUACAGUAUCUACUAUAGUACAUCUACUGUAGGUAUGUAGCACGGCAGUCUAGGAGGUAUCUACCAACCAGGAACUUGGUAGACCGGUAGAAUGGGCAGUACAGGACAGUAGGUACUGUGCGUGCCCAGUACCUUCGACUCCGUCGAGCCUCUUGAAUGGAACACCUCGCAGUCAUUCGAGUUGUCAUUAUUGGGUAGGUAGAAUAUAUUGCCAGUGUUCAAAUUAUU